AUGCUUGAGGCAGUACUUGCGAUUCUCCGUGGCGUCCGCAAUGGCUCAUUCUACGGCACCAAGGUUCGCGCUCCGCACGCGCUGGUUAUGAUUUUCCUCUUCCAAAAAGGCUCUAUUCGCGAGAAACUGCGUGGUAUUAUACGCUUGACGUUCGAGCACAGUACAAACCUGGCACUUUUUGUGGGCGCAUACAAAUCAGUGCUAGAACUGCUACGCGCUCAUGAUCGACAUGUGCUAGGACAGCACGUGACGACGGACGUUGGAAAGCCCAGCGCACACUGGCACGCAGCUGUGGCCGGCGGCAUCGGCGGCUACUUAAUCUGGGGCCGCUAUUCCGGCGUGAACUUUCAAAUCAUUAUGUACUUAAUGUCCCGCGUUCUUAUCAGUUUCGUGCGCGCGCUGGCGGCCAAGGGCUACAAGCCGUUUGCACAGCACCACUUCAAGCAUGUGUAUCCACUGCUGGCCACCGUGGUCUGGGCGAGCGUCAUGUGGCUGUACGAGAACGAGCCCCAGACAUUGCACCCGUCGCUGCUCAAGAGUAUGCAAUUCCUUUACGAUGAAUCGUGUCACUGGAAAGGCGGCAUUGUAGACUUCCUUCCGUCGCCAGCGACAAGUGCUGUUAUACUGCUGACAUUUUUGCGGAUGUAA